UUGAUUUCAGAACGUAUGAUAAGUGAGUAUCGAUCAGAUUCACACUACUUUAAAAAAGCUAGCUGUCAAAAUUGUCAAAGGGUCCUAGACAAUCGAAAAAACAUAAAGAUGCUCACUUCUACACUUUUGGGUGGUCUGAAGGCCGCGCAGGCUUCCGUGGUCAUCACCAGGAACCUGGCGGCGGCACAGAAGGUUGCCGACCCCAUCCAGCAGCUGUUCCUCGACAAAAUCAGGGAAUACAAACAGAAGAGCGCUGGUGGCAAACUGGUGGAAGCUAGCCCGGCUAUCGAGAAGGAGAUGAAGACUGAGCUGGAGAAGCUGGAGAAGCAGUAUGGAGGUGGCCCCGGAGUAGACAUGACCUCAUUCCCCUCCUUCAAGUUCGAGGAGCCCAAGCUUGACCCCAUCAACGAGCAGUUUGUCGCCAAGAAGUGAACAGAGUCUGCUUUGUCAACGGAUAUUGUAUAAGUGUAUCAUUAAAUCAAUUAAUUAGACUGUA